CCUAAAUGUCAGAUUUGUUUUGUAUUGGUUUGUAAUUGUUAUUAAAAACGUAAAGUAACAAUGAAUUAUCUUGCAGAAGUUAUAUCUUCAGCCGAAGAAAUCGAAGUGGACGAGAUCAAUAAGAAGGUUCCCGAAUUAAAAUUAUCUAUAGAUAAACUUAAGAGUGAAUUAGUGCAAUACACAGAAAAUGUGUACAUCAAGUACAGUGGUAGGCCCAAACAGAAUAAAGAAAUGUUGUUAACGGCCCAAAAUCUUGAAAACGAGAUAAAUACGUUGCAGAAGCAUGCAGAGAAUGCCGUUAAGAAGCAACUGUUGAAGGCCAAUAACGAGCUUACAGAGCAUGUGGAUAGUUUGAACACCAUUGAUUUUUCCUUACAGGUACUGUUAAAAAUGUCCCAGGUCAAUGAAAAAUUAGUUGAGUUUACCACUCAAUUAGACUACAGAGAGUACCUAAGAUGCAUGCAAAUCAUUACUGGUUUAGAAAAAACCCUGGCAGACAUACCUGAAGAUGAACAAGUGGCAGUUAUUGAAGAAUUGAAACGCCAAGUCAAGGAAAAGUCAAUAGGUCUAGCCCAUGAGGUCGAAAACAUAUUUAAAGAAAAUGUAAUCACACAACAUAAAGAUAGUACUGCUAGUAUUAAAAUUUCGUCAAAUAUUAGCACUUUGGAACAAGCCUUACUGGCUAUGUUUUAUAAUGAGACUGAUACCCAUAAAUGUAAUCUCAAAUUAAGUGAGUUCAAUAGGUUUUUGUGGAACAACUUUUUUGUUCCUAUAGUUGAUAACAUUGUAGAUAUUAAAAUAGACCAAAACGGGCAGUAUUCAUUAAUAGAAUUAGUUGUUAAAGAAGCUGAUAAGAAGUCGGAAUAUGGUGUAGUUUUUUCCAAUAUAAAGACUCUUUUAAGUUUUUUAGAGCAGCAUUUUAGUUUUCCAUUAACAACUUCAGAUAAUGGAUUAACUACAUUGGAAUAUGUUGGUCUGGAUAUCCGAGAUAAUUUAUCAGAGCUACUAAUAAAGCAUUGUUUACAGGAUACUAUACCUUCUACAGUCGAAGGCUUGAAAAACUACAAAGUAGUAACUGAGGAGACUGAAAAACUGGAAAAAGCCUUAAAACACUCUAAACUAUUUUCCGAAGAUGCUACACCUUUAAUAGAAUAUGCAAAUAACAUUGAUAUAUUGUUCAUUAACAAGAAAUGUAGAGAGUAUUGUGUGCAGUCAGAGCAAAUUAUGAAAAAAGAUUUACAUGAUAUGAUAGAAGUUGGAGAGCCUUACAAUCCAAAUAAUCCGUUGGAGUGUGGAGUUGGACAAUUUUUACAAUGUUGUAUAUCAAAAAAUGUGAUAGAACUGCUGAAUUUUUGUGAAAAAAUUUUGCAACAAUCUGUUAAAAGUACUGAUGUAAAUGCAGGUAGGAUUUUGGUAACGAUACAGAAUAUCUUUAGGAACUACACAAAGUUCGUGCCUGAGUACCACAAUAAGUUGUUGAAGACUAUACCACAACAAGUAGCACUGUUCCAUAAUAAUUGUUUUUACAUAGCUCACAAGCUGAUAGAAUGGAACGGGAUGUAUUUAUUCAAGGCACAUUCUACUCUCAACAUUUCCAGUACAGGUUUCGAGCUAGAGGUGUGCCAGUUGAGACAAGUGGGCUCUGAAAUAUUUAAUAAUUAUGUUAAAGGACAGAUGAAACAAAUAAACGAAAUUAUGAAAGAUAGUGGGCUGCAAGAAGUUGCUUUAGCCGGGGAAUUACAGCCAGUUACAGAAAAAUGUAUCCGGCAGUGCAUUAGACAACAAGAACUGUUGAAAACUGUGUGGCACAAAGUUCUAUCAUACCGGAUAUAUAAUGAAACGUUAGGUAUUAUACUCAACACUCUUUGUACCAAUAUUAUCACACCUAUAAUCGUCUUGGAAGAUAUAUCGACUAAUUUAGGAGAGCAGUUAGUGGAGCUCAUAAAAAUUAUACUCAGUCGAGGUCCAAAGUUAUUCACUGACAGCAAAGAAAUAAGUAUAUAUGUUCCCUCAUGGUACAAACUCAAUGAGCUCAAUUUUGUUCUGGGAGCAAGUUUAAUAGACAUCAGUGACCGUUGGGCAGACGGUAAAGGUCCGUUGGCGCUGCAGUUUAAGCCGGUGGAGCUGAAGACGCUCAUAAGAGCUCUGUUUCAGAAUACUGAUAGGAGAGCAGCCGUGCUAGCUAGAAUUCAAGACUAACUGUAUUUUUGUAAUUUUAUUAACUGAAUUGUGCCUUGUUGAGGGAUGGUCAGAUAAAUCAGGAACGAUGUAAAGAUUUUAUUUAUUGAAGAUUGUUAUUUUCUAUGCUUUUAAUAAAAUAUUUAUUUAU